AUGUAUGAUUUCGAAGGUUAUAAAAGAUUAAUUGUAAAGAUUGCCUUCAUUGCAAGUACCAUGACAUUUUGUUUUUCCCUUUUAUUAUAUAUUGUGAUAAGUUUAAUACCACAAAGGCAAAAUGAAAACUAUGCCGAUGUAAACUUAAAUACAGAAGAAGAUAACAUAAUUAUAACAUAUUUAUAUUUAAAAAAAAAAUCCUCCUCAUCAUUUUUAUGUAAAGAAAAGGAAAAUGAGGAGGUCACACAUAAUGAAGAUUUAAUAGAAGACAAUAAAAAUGAAAUAGAAGACAAGGACAACAAUAUAAAAAACAACGACGAUAUUAACAACAGUCUAAAUAAUGAAAAGGAAAACAACAUAAAAAUAAUAAUAAAUUAA